AGAACCGUCAGACCUCCUUCAUCAGCACAUGUCAUGCCACCACCGCCCGUAUCUCGGAGUUCAUCUACACGCUCAACUUCAAAUAAAUCAAAAGUUUUCUCGAUUUUAGAUCGAGCGAGGAUUGCCAUGAAUCGGGGUUAUGGAUAUGAAGAACCAUUACCAUCAUCAAGUCGUACUCAUCAUAGUUAUGAUUAUCAUGGAUCUUCAAGUAGUAGUAGCAGAUAUGCUGAUAGGCAUUACUCUCCAACAGCUUCUGAAGACGUUUAUACGUCGUCAGCAUACUCGUCUUAUGAAUAUGAUGAUGAUCCUACAUCUCGUUCUUCUGAUUAUUACGAAACAUCAGAUUAUCCGGAUGAAUGCAGAGGAACAAAACAGAAGGUUUAAAGAUACAGCAUUUAAUACAAUAAGCCCAUUGAUUUCAUUGCAAAAGGAAGAAACAGAUAUUUAUAAUCGUUUAUUACGUGAGGUUACAGAAAAUGUAAUCCAAACGUUACAAAAAGAUGAUCUCUUCAAAUAUCUUUAUAGGACUUUAAUGUAUGUCGGUAGUUUUUAUAAACAAACUCGUGUUGGGAAACCUGAGGAGUUUGAUAUAAAUAUAAUUAUAAAAUUACCUAACAUCGAUAAAGCUAUUAUUGAAAAAGGUCGCCCUGGAUUUGCGAGAAUCAAAUUUAGAAAGGAAGAUUUAUCAUCUCAAUGGACAGAUAAUAAAAUAUUAAAAAAUUGGCUUGAUGCUGAAAAUUAUUUAAAUAAUGAACAAGUACGACGUUGGUUUGAAAGUAUGUCACAAAAAAGUUUAAAUACAUUGGAAAAAAGUCCAACAAAUAAUGGAUAUUUAAUUCUUCCAUCAAAAUUAAACUUUCCUUUUGAAAUAAAAAUUAGAAAAAAUGGGCCAGCUUUUACAUUAUGUGUCAUAUAUGAAUCAAAAAAUUUUGAUGUAGACUUAGUACCAGUAUUGGAAUUUAAAAAUGAUCCUCCUUUGUCAUUAGCAAAUAAAUACAAAGAUUUACAGGUACCCUGGUAUCUUGUUCCAAAGCCUCUAACAAAUGUACCUCAACCACAUCGAAAUUGGCGAUAUUGUUUUUAUAGGCAUGAACAAAAACUUCUGAAAGAUUUUGGAAAAAUCAAAUCUGUGAUAAGAACAAUUAAAAAACUGAGAGACACUCAGGAGUGGCCAAUUUUAGAAAGUUAUUAUAUUGAAACGUUAUUUUAUCAGGCAUUGGGUUCAGCUUUGAAUAGUACUGAUGUUCAAAACUCAAGUCAAACAUAUUUAACAAUAUUUAUGUUAAAAAGACUACGAGACAGUCUUCAUCAAAGAAAAUUAAAUUACUUUUGGGAUCCUAGUUUAAACUUAUUUCAAGCUAUGAAUGAAUCACAAAUGGUUGGAAUUGCUAAUCGUAUAGAAAAAAUCAUCAAAGAUGUUGAGAAACAACCUGAGAGCUUGUACAAUUAUAUCUUUACUAAGGAAGAGUUACAAGCACACAAGAUAUCGAAUACCAUUUCUCAAGUUUCGACUCCAUCAACUCCUAAAACUUUUGAUGGUUCAUGUGGUUCUUACAUUCCAUUCUUGUUGAAGAGUAUAAAUAACUUAACGGUUCAAGAAAAACCGCAAACUGAUAAAACGAAAACACCUGCUCCAAAAUGCACGGCUACUGCGAAACCAAACGAACAAUCUGAAAUUAAAGCUUUACAAAACUUAGUAUUAACACUUAUAAACGAAGUUAAGGAUCUAAAAACGAAAGUUGUUUCAUUGGAAAAUAAAAUUGAUGCAAUGAAUCAACACAGAAGUUCUACAUAUGUACCUGAUGCUAAUGAGAGAGCACAAACUCCUGGUAAAUCACUAUUAAGUUUUUGGUAUUCUUAGAGUGAAAAUUAUGAGAUGCAAGAAAUUUUAACAAUCAUAACUUACUGUAACCAUUAUAAUCUACUUUUAUAUUAGACUUUUUUUUAUAUAUUGU